UAUCGUUUUAAAGAGAACUCAGCAUAAACAGGCAGCACCGACAACAUGUCGUCAAUUUUUGGAGGUCUAGGUGGGACUAUAUAAUGUGGGUAAGCCCGGCUAGAAAUCACAGCAGUUGGAGAGUUAGCAAAAUGGACAAAUCGCGAAGUUAUACUGGUUCGCUUUUGCUACUGAUUCUACUGGGCAUUUCGCUGGGAGAUUCCAUGCCCCUGGAGGAUAUGGACUCCCAGGAAAUGAUUGACUUGACAGAUCUUGGAGAUACUCUGUUCGGUAAUCCGGACGUGGAGACCACUGGAGCUUUGGUCGAGGCACUCGAUGUGGAAUCCCCGCUGAAUCCCGAGGAGCUGGGCACCUACCACGAAGGUGACAUCCUGAUUCCACUGAGCUACAGGGACGCCCGAUUCAAUGGCACCCGUAAUGGCAUUUUGGCGCUGAGUUCCCGCUGGCCGGGCGGCGUUGUGCCCUACGAGAUCAAAGGUCCUUUUACCAGCCAGGAAUUGGGGAAUAUCAACCACGCUUUUAGGGAAUACCACACCAGAACCUGCGUGCGCUUCAAGCCCAGAACCACCGAAAAGGAUUACAUCUCCAUUGGUAGCGGAAAGUCUGGCUGCUGGAGCAGCAUUGGGCGCUUGGGUGGUCGCCAGGAAGUGAAUCUCCAGUCGCCCAACUGCUUGCGUACAUACGGCACUCCCAUCCACGAGCUGAUGCACGCCCUGGGCUUCUUCCAUGAGCAGAAUCGUCACGAACGUGACUCCUAUGUGCGCGUGAUGAAGGACAACAUCAAGCCCGAGAUGAUGGUCAACUUCGAGAAGUCCAGUUCCAGGACACAGUACGGCUUCGGCGUGGAGUACGACUAUGGCAGUGUGAUGCACUACUCCCCCACCAGUUUCACUCGGAAUGGCCAGCCCACGCUGAAGGCACUGCGGGCCACAUCCGAUGCCAGCCAGAUGGGUCAACGCAAGGGCUUCUCCGCCGGAGAUGUGCGCAAGAUCAACGCAAUGUACAAGUGCAAGGUAUAG